AUGGUUACUCAAGCUGCAGUUCCCUCUGUUGGAAGCACUUCAACCAAGGCGUUCUUCAAGGGUGUCGAGACAUGGAAAACAGAAACCAUUAUGAAAAAGGAGGCUGCGAAGCGUCUGGAAUCCAAUGGUGCUGGUGCUGCUGAGGUGGAGUAUAAGCCCCUUCCUAUGGUGACUAUUUUGGAGAUGUUUGUUGGAAGGAACUCGGACUUCUUGUGUUUGUGGGUUGCAUUCCUUGGACUACAAAUUUCCAAGGUACAUUCUAUUGCAUUAUUGACUUCUUAUACAAUGAGUAUCUACAAGUUUUUAUCUGCUUUUGCCUGUGCUGUAGCUUGUACAGGGAGUAGAGUAAUAGCUUCAAAGGGAGAGGACGGAAAAAGUUUAAUUGCACCAGCUUGCUACUAUUGUGCCUGGAUUAUUGGCUGGGGUGCGUUGGUGGGCUGCUUGGACAGGAGGAGGAUUUAUCAUGGGUCCACUGUUUUGGAGCUGGGAGUUCCUCCUCAGGUCCAAGUGCCCUGCUACCUUUGCUAUGACCUUCUCCUCAUCCAUGUCAGUUGUAGAAUAUUACCUUCUGAAACGUUUUCCUGUCCCUACGCUCUCUACUUUGUUGCUGUGGCUACCGUUGCUGCUUUUAUUGGGCAGCAUGUCGUGAGAAAACUGAUUAUUUUAUUGGGAAGGGCAUCGCUUAUCAUCUUCAUUUUAGCCUUGACAAUAUUUAUUAGCGCAAUAUCUUUAGGUGGGGUUGGCAUAUCAAACAUGAUUGAGAAGAUUGAAGCACAUGACUACAUGGGAUUUGAGAACCUCUGCACGUAUGAUGCGUAGAUUAUAGUUUGUUUGCGCUUUUUUUUUUUUUUUUUUUUUGGGUUAAUUCGUGUAUCAGAAAUUCUUAGGUGGUGUAAUCAUUCUCCUAAGGCUGAAUGUUUAUCUUCUGUUGCUGUGUUGAAGGAUGCUUACUAAUUCAAAAUUUUUUGUUUUUGACA